GAAGAACUCACAAUUCUCUGCUUCCAGAGCUGGGUAAUCAUUUCAAGAAUCUGGAUUUAUGGUAUUUUCUCGAAUACUUUUACAAUCAUCGCCGCCUAAAACUCACUGACUUACGAAGUUUCCGAUUUCCACAAGGAUUGUAACGCGAAUUUGACCGUUCAGAUCAAUACGUUUAUAACAUGGCUACAACAACGAAUCAACGUCGAUGCCAACGACAACAUUUAGGUAUAUUUUGGACGAUGGUCAUGCAAGCGAUUGUGAUAUAUAAUGAACUUAGGCGUCGUGCACGACAUCUUCCAAGAGCUCCUCAUACAAAUUGGAAUUCUGAAAGAGAAAUAACACUUACACGAAUGUUUGGCACGAGUGAUACAAUAUGUCGUGAUCUCCUUAGGAUGAAAAUAGGUCCAUUUCAAAGAUUAUGUGCUCGUUUGCGAUCUUAUGGAUUGGUUGACAGUAAAUACGUUCGAAUUGAGGAACAAGUUGCAAUUUUUCUGAAUACAGUCGGGCAUGACCAACGUAAUCGCGUUGGACAUUUUACUUUCUUUUGCUUUGGUCAAACAGUGAGCUUUUACUUUCACAGAGUCUUACACGCUUGUCUUGGAUUGUAUAGAGAUGUUGUGAUUAAUGCCACUCCUCAUAACUCACCAUACGAAAAAGAAAAUGUGCAGCCAUGGUACUCCUUUUUUCAGGAUGCCGUAGGAGCAAUCGAUGGUACACAUAUAGCUGCGUAUGUGCCUUUAGAGGAGCAAGGUAAAUAUCGCAAUAGAAUGCAAGUGAUUUCCCAAAAUGUUUUAGUAGCUUGCACAUUUGAUAUGAAAUUUACCUACGUACUUGUCGGUUGGGAGGGAUCCGCACAUGACGGUCGAUUGUUACGGAGUGCAAUAUUACGCCAAGGACAUAAGCUAACAAUUCCUAUUGGUAAAUAUUACCUUGUUGACGCUGGCUUCCCAUCAGUUUCGGGUUUUCUUGCACCAUACCGUAGGACUCGUUAUCAUCAUAGAGACAUUGAAGGUCAACGUCCUGAAAGUAGUAAGGAGUUGUUCAAUUUUCGACAUUCAUCUCUACACAAUGUUAUUGAGCGUACAAUUGGUUUGCUGAAAAAAAGAUUUGCAUAUUUGAGACAUCAACCCUAUCACAACAUUGACACACAAGCAAAGAUAGUCCUUGCUUGUUCUGCCAUCCACAACUUCUUAAGGACUGAUGAUGUUGAAGAUGUUUGUGAGGAGGAUGACUUAGAUAGUAGUGACGAUGAGGUUAACCCUACGCAUAUUGAUGUACCUGAAGAUGAAACUCCAAAUGCUCACAUAUCUUUCACAAAUCAGGAAGUGUGGUCUAAUAAGAGGAAUGCGAUUGCUGAUUUAAUGUGGGCUGAUUAUCUUCCCAAUCAGAAUGCGGGAAUUGAUUUCGAUUGAUAUCUGAUUUUUUUUCUUGUUUUUAAUUUUUUAUUUGUUUUUUCGUUUCUAUGUAAUGGAUAUAAAUGUACUAGACUUUCAUAUGUAGUAAUUGCUUGAAUUGAAGACGUAUUGACAUUAAGCAGA